GAUUGAAGGGAAACUUCUUUUGGGAAGUGCGGGGACUACUUUAGGUCAACUUUGGAAAGAAACACACAGUAUGCACUGCAUAUUGCUAAAAGGGGACGCGGUUGAGUACUAUAUGUGUUUCUCUUUAACUAAAACCAAUAUAUUGUGUGCUAGUUGAGCGUAUUUUAUCGCAAGAGUGUUAUGUUUUUACUACGUCGCGGAAGGAUCUAAUUUUCUCAAGCGAGGGUCGACACAUCCGCCCAGUUUUCCGAUGUUUCAUUCCCCCCGAGUUGAAAAUGGAGUUCGAUUAAAGCAGAUGUCCACCAACUUCUCAAGGAAAUUUCAAGUCUAGGUGCUUUUGCUUUACGCCGUCAGUAUUCAUAUCGAAAACAGUUGAACCCUUUUUUUUGGCUUUGGAUGCCUUUACUGCAAAUUACUCGGACACGUUGACGGAGCAACGCUCCACAGCGCUUUUUCAAGUGUUGUCCUGGAGCCGAAGUUGGCGAAUGGAUGCUCGACAGUCAGCCAUAAAUAACCUGCCAAACGUUACAGCCUGCAACAUUUUUUGAGGAUCUAUUCACAUUUUUUGCAAAGCGGGGAACUGUGCUUGUUGAAGAGGAUGAUCCCGAUGGCUCAUUUGUUGUGGUCGGAUUUUACUUCCAGGGAGGAUAAAAUGAAUCAACGGUUGUCAUUCCUCCUCGCGAUUUAACGUUAGUUCCAGGCAGCGAAGCUAACGUGAAGCUAGCUCCUCUUGGCUUUCUAAGGGACGCUUACACAGGCAUGCCCCAUUCUACAUCCUUUACUUACUAUCCAAAAUAGGGGGUAAUUUCUAUAUGUGACUGAAAAUGGUGAUAUUUGUGGUAUUUUAUCCCGCCGUCACUGCGUCGUCGAUGCUAUUGCUAGGAUUUGGAUCCCCGUGAGGAAAAAAUGAGUGAAGAUUCAACAAAUCCAAACAACGAUGACAGUUAUGCGCGUGUGAGAGCAGUGGUAAUGACUCGGGAUGACUCCAGUGGUGGGUGGCUUCCCCUGGCGGGCGGAGGCCUUAGCUGUGUCACCGUCUAUAAGGUCAGCCGGGCGGAGGACAGCAGCAGCAUCCACAGUGGAGGCAGCGGAGGCAGCAGCAGCAGCAACCUCAGCCCGUGUAGCUCCACUUCUAGUCCUAGCCCCAGUCCCAGCCCCAGCCCCACCGCUGUGGAAUAUCACAUCAAGGGCGAGCGGCUCAAAGACAAAUCGGUGGUGCUGGAGUGUGUCCUGCAGAAAGACGUAAUAUACAACAAGGUCAACCCCAUCUUCCACCACUGGAGGAUCAACAACAAGAAGUUUGGACUGACUUUCCAGAGCCCUGCUGACGCUCGUGCUUUUGACCGGGGCAUACGUCGGGCCAUUGAGGACAUCAACCAAGGAUUUCGGCCGUUUGGGGAAGGGGAUAUUCCUGAGGAUGGACUGCCGGUGUGUGAUGAGCCUCCCUCCUUAUGCACCCCAAUGAAAGAGCCUUUCUCUCCCCUGAACAACGUCGUCUCCACCGAGCCCUUCAGGGGCUGCUACGUCCGCGCCCAACCCUUCGACGAGUUCAACUCCAGCAACCGCCGCUACCUGCCUCCCCAGGUCUGCUUCUGCCCAGCACAAACUCACCCAUCUGCAAAAGUCUCCUUCAAGUCAACUCGUCAUGUCAGUUUUCACAUGGACGAAGAGGAGAUUGUUCGCAUCAACCCACGCAAAGACGUGCUCAUCCGCGGCUAUGAGGACUACCGCCACCCUGUUAUGUGGAAACAGGAGUCCGACCGCGAGGACAUGGACUUCCCCACCGCCUUCCACAAACUAGACAGUAAGAAGUGCGAGUAUCUCUUCCCCGAUGGGCCGUGUGGGGACCCCCACUCUGGCCCCGGCAUGGGCAUUGGAACAGGUAUGGGUCUGGGUCUUGGCAAGGACACAGCCAUCAAGACCCAGCCCUCGCCCCUGCUCAAGUCUAAAAAGGGCCGGCGGCGGCGAGAGGACGGAGAGCGUUCGCGCUGCAUCUACUGUCGGGAAAUGUUCAACCACGAAGACAACUGGCGGGGGCAGUGCCAGGACGCCCCCGACCCCAUCAAGCAGUGCAUCUACAAAGUCAGCUGCAUGCUCUGCGCCGAGAGCAUGCUGUACCACUGCAUGUCCGACUCCGAGGGGGACUUCUCAGACCCCUGCUCAUGUGACACGUCCGACGAGCAGUUCUGCCUGCGCUGGCUGGCCCUGGUGGCGCUGUCCUUCAUCGCGCCCUGCAUGUGCUGCUACCUGCCCCUGCGCGCCUGCCACCACUGUGGGGAGGCCUGCCGCUGCUGCGGGGGAAAGCACAAGGCGGCGGGGUGACCCCACAACGUACUCUGGGACAUCCUCAAAGCUAGCUAACACAGGAAGUGGAUAAAUGCGGAAAAAUAAAAAAGCCGGCAUCCUUUUUUCAUUCCCCUCUCAGACGGGGUGAUGUUGUUGAUCCCCAGCUCUGAGGGCUUUUGGAGAUUUCAGUUUGUGUUUGUCGCCGACAAGCAGCGGUGGAGGACAAACCAAAUGCUUUGUGGGAGCUCUGAGCAUCAAGCUAUGUUCAGGAGCUUAAACUGAGGAGAGGAGCAGCAGGCAACGUCAAGAUUAAUAGACUUGGAGAUGUUACUAAACACACACACAUACACACACACACACACACACACACACACACAUACACAUACACAUACACAUACACACACACAAACCUAUCUCUCACAUUCACACUCAUGCAUUGACAAAGCCAGGCCACAAAUGUCAGGACUCUACUGCAAGAAAUGUGUAACUUUAUGAAGGAAAAAUUGUCUUUUGUACAGAGAGCAAACAACUUAACGACGAAAAAAGAAAACAAAACUAUUCUGCGUUUCAGAAAAAAUACUUGCUGUUUGAGUAUGCUAAAAGGGAUAUGUUCUUGCUUUUUUGUGAAUUUACAGUUGGGUAACAGUGGCCUUUCCUUCAUGGCUUAAGCAUUUGCUGACAAUGUAAUUACUAGACAGAGAAAAGUGCACUAGAAAUGGUUUUCCCCCCCCUGAGUAAAGGUAACCCCCUCAAGUUCUUGUGGUACAUUAACCACCUUUUGUAGUGUAAUUUUAACAUUUAAGAGAUGUUUCUGUGGUGGAUGUAUGGCCAAUUCCUUGUUUUCCUUUCCAUCGAAUGUUGAACAAAUUCAGAAGGUGACAGCUUGUGUCUGAAGGUGCAGCUUGGUAUUGCUUUUGACAUGAAUUAUAAGAUGUUAAAAACGAUUACCUUGCCUUCCCGAGGUGAUUUAGACUAUUUGAUUGCAUUCCAAAAAAAAAGGGAUCGAUUCCAUGAUUAGAAGGGAUAAAAUGGUAAUGACUUUACCAUGCAGAGUUCCCCGAAAUAGUUUUUUCCACAUCAUUUAAAUAGCAUUAAAACAUCUUGAACCGUUUAAAUUUUGAAGCCACGAUUUGAUUUACUCCAAUGAAUUCCAGUUUUAGUCCAGUUAUUUACUGCUGUUGUGAAAUUGGUGUUUUUAUUUCUUACUUGUUAUUUUCCUGCUCAUUUUAUAAUUAUUUUUUAAACAAAGGCUGAAAUGUUGCUCAACCAGCAAGUUUUGUUUCGGUGAGUAAAUGGGUUACAGUGCUCCUUGGUUUAAUGAUGAGGCACUUAAAUUAGGUUAUUCUUUUAUUGGGAAUCCUUUUAGAUUUUAUAAUUAGUCUGUACAUAUAUUUGACUAAUAUAACAUUUAAUUUGCCAUUGGGAAUACUCCUCCUGAAAGCACUGCUCUCCAAGCUUUGGUUGCAGCACCCUCUCCAAAUGUCCAUGUUUGUCCCAUGAAUCCGUUUUUUUUGUUUUCUUUUCAUUUCCCCGCACAUCCUGUGUAAAUGUAGAACUUCUUUGUUCCUCAAAAGUUCACUCCUUCCGUAUGUCUUCAUUUAACAGGAUGAAUGAAUGCAUUGCUUCAGGAAUGCUGAGUAUCUUAGCUAUUAAACAUACAAGUGUUAUGUAUGUGUGUAUGUGUGUGUGUGUGUGUGUGUGUGUAUGUGUGUGCAUAGGUCUACAUAUGCACUGUUGAUCUGGUGUCAUGUCACCUCUGACUUUGUGAUUAAGGCUUUGACUUGUAACCGCGUCCUGUUUCCUGAAGCGUCUAUUUAACAAAGAGACGAUCGAACUGUUAAAGGAAAAGUUUAACAUCCUGGGAAUUUCACUUAUCUGCUUUCUUUACAGAGAAGAUCAAAACUACUCACUAUUGUAACUUUUGUUAAAUUGGAGCUAGCUUAGCCUAGCGUACAACGGGGAAACGGAUAGCCUGGCUCCAUUACAAUGUAUUCAACUCUGCUUUAUAGCACCUUAAAGUUAACCGAUUAACAGGUUAUAUCAUUUGUUUAAUUAGUAUAAACACGAAAGUGUAAAGAUGACAAUUUGGGGUUUUACUGCGGGUCAUGUGUGGGACUAUUUCUUGAACAGGCACUAGACUAAGUCCUGUUGUCACCAUGAGGGUACUGUGCCUGGACAAAGAAUAACUCGCCCAAUUCUCUGUAAAACCUCAAUUGGCCAUUUUUCAAGUAAAAAUAUAUAUAAUCUAUUAUUUAGUGAGCUUUAGCUGUGGCAGUAGGAGGAUUUUGUCACAGUUACCUGUUAAGCUUCCCUAUGCUAAGCGAAGCAGCUUCGUAUUUAAAGACUACAUAUGAAAGUGGUAUCAAUCUUCUCACUGUCUCAACAAGAAAGCACAAUUCCCAAAAUGUCAAACUACAUCUAUAAGAUCCUUUGGGAAACAGGAAGUCUAGUUGUGUUUGAAUCCUAUUUCCCGCCCAAAAGAGAAGAACAUAUUUCAAUUGAACUGGCUUCCUCAACUAACUAAAUGUUGACUCGAACUAGUCCUGAACAACGACAAACUCCCGACAGUUAUAACAGUUCAGCCUGGAUGUCCAGCUGCAAUAACUGAAGAAAUGAUUCCUAACUAAGGCAUUGGCAUGUUUGAAAUUAAUGCUAAUUGUGAUUCACCGCAGUAUUUAACAGCAGAUUUGGCAUGACAUCCAUGUUGCUAACAGAUAUGCAUCUCCUCUCCCUCCUGGCUAAAAUAAUAGUAGUAAUGGCACUUCAGAUUACAGGAGAAACAUAUAUUUUCCUAAUUCCCCCCCCGACCGAUGCUCCCUUUACUUUCUAUGCAAACUUUCUAACGUGGGAAACACAUUGACCUCUCUGCAGACUGAGUCAGUGACGGGAUAGGACACUUUAACGCGAUUAUAGAUGUAGACGACCGACCCCUGGUACCAAACUCCAAACAACCUGUAAAUACUUAACACUAUAUUUAAGUUCUGAUAAUAAUCCCAGCUUUUUUGUCUUUUACAUUUGAAAGAUAGAGCUGUAUUUAUCGUUGCUGUCAGCAUAUACCGUAGCUUCAAUUGACAGCAUUAUGUACAUAGGUCACCUUUUAGUAUUAUUUCACAUUGAAAAGUAGAGGGCGUUUGUGAUGGAAAUGACUAUUGAGCUUCUAAUAGAGUUUCUCUAUAGUUUUGUACGGUAGAAGGAAGGAUAGUGCUAACACGGUACAGUAGUGGCAGUCCACUUGUUUCAAAAAAGUUUGAUAUAUAAAUAUAUAUAUACAUACAUACAUAUAAAGCUGCUAGAUACAAUCACUAAUUUUAUUGUGUUGACAGAGAAAAUCAGCUAUGAACGACUGUUAAACCCUAAUUCUCCAACAGCAUAUAACCAUGACAGUGAGUUUUUAAAUGUUUGAUUGCUCUGUGUGAGUGGACACUUGUGCAUGUGUGUGGGUGCGCGAGUGUUACUAUAAAUGUGCGUUCUUGUGUGCCCACGAGUGUGUGUGUGUGUGUGUGUGUGUGUACUACGUGUGUGUGUUUCCAGUGUGCUGGCUGUGUGCGUGCGGGGUUGGUGUGUAACCAGAUGUUUGGAUGGUUGUCAUAUUCUCCCAUUGUAAUUGGAUUGCCCUGCAUUAUUGCAAGCUGAACCAAGGUUUGAUGAACCUGAUUAAAACUUGCUGGCUGAGAAGCAAAAAUGUAGGACGUGCAUUUAUACAAAGUGUAGAGAAUGCUGAAAUAACACUUCUCAUUCUGCAUUAACCAGCACAGUGCAACUUCCUGUCAUGUACUGUAUUAUAUAUGCAACAUGUGUCUGUCUGCUUUAAUAUAUAUAUUUUUUGACCUGCAUUAUAUAAGACUUCAGUUUUAACCACUUUGCUGCUAGUCUUUUAUCCUCUUUCAAUCUUGGAAAUUGUGCAUAUCUUUGGGAAUGCAUACAAGUGUACAUUCUUGACAUUGUGUAGAUUUAAAAAAAGAAAAAGCUAUAUAAACCUGUUUCUCUUCAGUGUAUUGUUUUAAAAAGGUUACUUUUCACAGCAGUUGAGUGGUUAUGUUUCAAUUCUCCGAUGCUUUGGUGCACUGAUGAUACUAUAUGUAAGCUUUUUUUCAUCUUACAGCGCUUGAUGUAACAUUUAUGUGAUUAGUUCUAAAUAGUGGAAGACAUUUGUGUUUUGAAACUUGCAGUAUAAAUGGUACUACUCUUAACUAUUCUGUAAACACUGCCUGUUUUCUUUUUUUCUUUCUUUCACUCUCUUUGUGCAUAUUUCUUUCCUGUGCAUCUAUUUGUUUCUUAAUGCCAUCGGCUUUCACAUCCUGACAACCUCAAAAAAGUGCCUCACGUCCAUCCUAGUUUCCAUUUUAUAAUUUAACAUCUCUCGUUCUGGUUCUAUUGGUUUCUACACGUCUAGGUAUUUCUUCUCAUGGUUCGAGAAUACCAAGUAUAUGAUUUAUAGUCCCAAUAACUCAUGUCAUAGUUGUAUUUUCUUUAUACAGAUGUAGCUCGUUACUUUUCAUAAAUAUAUAAUGUAAAUAUGCAUACAUAUGUUUGUAACUGUUUUUAUGUUACAUCAUACACUUGUAAUUUGACAUAUCAAAUAACAUUAUCAUAAUAAAAUGGUGAGUUUUAAUCUUUU